GAACGUGUUAUUUUGAAAUUCAUUUUUGCUUGUUCAAGAAGAAAUUUCCAGAGUCUGAAGAAAGAACAGACAACGAACGAUUUUCGUGUCAAUCUUUAAAACAGAGCAAGGCGUUGCGUUUAUUCGAACAAAUAUGAGCAGCGCAGCACGGCGAGCCUCGAGGGACCUGGGAUGGCAGUGGUGCUGGCUUGCGCCCAGAACCGUAAACCCACCUUUACACAGGGCCUCAAGUGUAGGUCUGUCUUGGAAGGGGACCCUGUCCUCUUCCAGUGCAAGCUGGUGGCAUGCCCGGCACCCCACAUGGCCUGGUUUCACAAUAACCGGCCGGUCCGCCAGGACUGCCGCAAGGUGAUCCGCACCGAGAGUGAGGAGCACAUGCACCAUGCCAGCCUGGAGGUGCGGGAUGUGCGGGAGCAUGACGCUGGCAGCUACAGGGUGUUUGCCAUUAACAGUGAGGGCUCAGCCGAGUCCACUGCCUCGCUGCUGGUGGCACGCGGUGGGGAGCAGCAGGGCUUGGGUUCUGCAGGGAAAGCAGAGUGUAGGCGGGAGAGCUGGGAGUGCCUGCUGCAGCAGCGGCAGGAAGACCGGCUGCGGGUGGUGCUCCGCUGCACCGGCUCGCCCUUCGACAAGGGGCAGGAGGCUGAGCAGUUGCUUGGGGAUGGCUCCCCAGCCCGGGGCAUGGUACGAACUAUCCGUUUCCAGAGGCUGCCGCUGGUGGAGCCUCACCGUCCAGGGCUGGCACGUGGUAGGGAGCACAGUGGCACAGUGGCAGAUGCGGAGGAGCUGCUGGAUGAGGAGAUCCGUUGGAAGCUACAGCGGCUGCGGGAGGCAAAGAGGGCAGCACUGAAAAAGAAGCAGGAUUCCCUCAUGUCUGUGCCUCAGGGAGGCCUUCCCGGGAAGCCCAGCCCACCUGAGGUGGCUGCCACGAUGGGUGGCUCAGAGCCCCUCAUGGUGCAGGUAGUGAAGGGGUACCACAGGCCCAAGGCUGCAGGGGAGAGAUGGCAGAUGGCAGGUGGACUCCUGGAACCCUGCCCACCACUUUUUGUCCAGGAAAUCAGGCCCCAGGAGGCUGUUGAGGGGCAGAGAUGCACCUUCUCCUGCCUUUUCCAUGGCCGCCCACAGCCCACAGUCACUUGGUACAACAACACCAAGCCCGUGGGGCGCAUCCGGGGCACCGCUGUUCACACCACAGAGUGCCGCUCUACGCUGACCUUCCCAUCCCUGCUCCCACAGCAUGCUGGCACUGUCACCUGCGUAAUCUUCAACCCACUGGGCACAGUCAGCACCUCAGCUGCACUCCAUGUGAGGCGGCGGAUGCCAGCCUGUGAGGCCAUGCAGAAGGAGGAGGAAGAGGAAGGGAAGAAAGAGGAGGAGGAGGAGGAAGAGGAGGGGGAAGUGGAGGAGGAAGAAGGGGAGAAAGAGAAGAAGGAGGAGGAGGAGAAGAUGCAGGAGGAGGAAGAAGUCACCCAGGCCUUCGCAGCAGAGAAAGGACUGCUAAGUGCAGUUCCAGACUCAGACUUGCUGUCACUGCCUGUGGAAAUCAAAAUCACUGCCCCCACUCCAACGCCAGAGCAAGACACAGAGAUGAGGGAGACCAUGCGGCCCUCUCCAGACCAGGCUGCUCCCACCAUAAAGCACAAGUUCAAGUUUUCAUUUGAUGUAGGAAAUGAGCCACCCCAAAUUGUGGCAGAAACCCCAGCGCACAUUUACUGCCAAGAAGGGGAAGCAGUGGUGUUGGAGUGUGCUGUGUCUGGGCAGCCGCCACCAGCUGUGUCCUGGUCACUGAAUGGCCAGAGCCUCUCUGCCAGCGAGAGGCUGAGGUUUGAGGAAGGCAAGAAUGGCACAUACCGCUUACACAUCCGAGAGGUCUCUGUUGCGGAUGCUGGGCUGUAUUGUUGUGUGGCCAAGAAUGUGGCUGGAAAAGCGCAGACUGCCUCUGAGCUGACAGUGCAGCCCAGUGCACCCAGGUUGUAUAGCAAGGAUGAAGGCACUGACGAACUGCCUGCCAUGGACCACGUUCUGAAGCUCCAAGACCUUAGCACGCUUGGGAAGGAUAAUGAGGAACAGAUCACAUACCCCAAGGAGGAGGAAACCCACCUACCCUGGUCCCUGAGGCUGUCUCCGUCUUCUGGUGAGCAGUUGGAAGAGGAGUGUGAGAAAACUUCUCACUUUAGGGAAACUGAGAUGGAGGAAAUGAUGGUGCUGGAUACCAUGGAAGUUUAUGCAAGGCAAGAAAUAGGUUAUACAAAAGAAAGUGUGCAGGAUACAGAUGGUAUUUCUGAAAUGAGCCAGAACAGGGGAAAAGCUGUCUCUGAGGAACAUAGUUUUGGAACUGAUGCCACUGAGUUGCACCCCAGCACACCCAGGGAAGAGAAUGAACUGGUGGCCAAGGACUCAGGUCACUUUUCAGAGGAGCUGGAGGCUGAAGGAGACAAGGUGGUACCACAUACAGACACUCUGUCCUGGGACAUCUUGAAGGCACCAUUUAUGGAAGUGAAAGGGCAAACACAUGUUUCUGAGCAGUCUACUCUGGCAAGGGAGUGUGAGGAUUCACAAUUUUUCAUUCCUAUAUCACCUGUGGUGCAAGAGGGGACUGAUGUUUACACGGAGGAGAGUGAUGCCCCUGCCUGGGAGGCAAUGUCUCCUGAUGUGCCUCUUGUAGAAGAGCUGAGUGUGCCCCACCUGCAAGAGAACAUUGCAAACACACCCACAAAGAAGCAGUCUGGCUUUUAUGACUUCUGUACAGAAGAGCAGCAGGAGGAACAGGCCAAGGAGCAAGAGAGAUCGUUUGAUAUUGAACAGGACAUCGAGGUUGAUGAUCACCUUUGUAAAAAAGAAAUGAUUGAUACUGGGGAUGCCACGCACUGGGAAAUGCAUAAUGAUGGACAAACACAGCAAGAAAUAGAGUCUGAUGUAGGCAAGUCUUCUUUGGGUCUAAUCGUUACUCCUCCUGGCACAGAAAACUCAGGUCACAAUUUUACUGAUGAAGUUGACAUUCACCUAGAAGAAGUGCCGUUCAAAGACCAGCUGUUGCCAUCUGAGACUGAUACGACUAAUAUCACAUUUGAUCUGAAAAAUUUUGUGGAGCCUUUCCCAGCUGCAGAGACUGUAGACACAGAACAGGGACAAAGCCUCACAGCUCCGGAGAGUGUGGAGGUAGGAGUAACUGGGCUCAUCUCCCCUGUCCACCAACAUGAUGUGCUUGUGGAAGAGAUGUCUCUAAGUGAGGAGCUGCAUCAGAGCUACAAAAUGCAGCAGGAGGAAGUCGGUGCCCAGGAAGAGGCACAGCCAAGAGAAAUCAGAAGGGAUGAUUUGCAAAUCCAUAAUGGGGACCUUGGCCAUAUCAUGAUACCAGUUGAAAAGCAAUCUUCUGUUGAAGAAAUUAAUGAGUCGGAGGUAAGUGCCCAUAAGGAGGAUUCGCCUGAGCGACAAAUUCAUAGCUUUCUGGUGGAGUCCACAGCAGAUUUCCAAAGAGAAGUGCAAGAAACACACGUGUGGGAGAGUGGGGAACAACUGGAGACCACAGAUUCCCAGAGUGACAGCUUCAUCAUUGACUUGAAAAAAGCUGCACAUGAAAAGAAACCCCAGACUGUGCAUCAGGCUGAGGAGGAAGAAGGUUCUGGCAUAGAAAAGGUCUUUGAGACAGGAAUGACCAGCUCCACCUGUGAGAAAGAAAGUACAUGUUCCCCCGAGGAGAUGCUCAAGGACACUCAACAGGAACGAAACAAAACCAAGGGCUUCUCUUUCGGCCAACUCUUACUUGGUUUAAUAAUGGAUGAUCCUGUGGCACAGAAGGAGCAAAGGAAGGAGUCUUGGGGCAAGAAGAAGAUUCCCACUGAGGAAGCCUCUGAGAAUAGCCUGGAUGGAGAAGAACUGUGGGAGGAUACUUCUGCAGGUCCGGAGCCCAGUACUGUUCAAGCCUCAGAGCUAGAGCCUGGCUUUUCCCUGGCCAAGUAUUUAAAGUCAAGUGGGAUGCAGGAAACUCCAGAUCUCAAAGGGGCAGUUCAGAAGGAGCAGCGAGAGUCCAUCACUUCACUGGAAGUGGAGGAGGUUACCUUCAGCACAGUUUAUGACUACUACAACAACCAACAGGAACUCACACGGCCCUUCUCUCCUGAGUCAGAAAUGUCUAUAGAGCUGGAGAGUGGGAGUGGAGAGGAGUCACCUGAUUCGGACCGCUUCUACACACCUCCCUCCUCAGUGGAGAUCUUUGAAACUGCUUCCUCAGCGUCGUAUCACACACCGCUUAGCACACCUGAGCGCUACUCCACACCAUCUGAGGGCUCAGGGUACAGUACACCACCUGAGCGCUACUCCACACCAUCUGAGGGCUCAGAGUACAGCACACCACCUGAACGAUACUCCACACCGUCUGAAGAUUCAGUAUACAGCACACCACCUGAACACUACUCCACACCCUCUGGGGGCUCAAAAUGCAACACACCCUUGGAGCACUACUUCACACCCUUUGAGGGACUCUAUUCUGCAUCAGGGGACAGCACACCACCAGAGCGCUACUGGACACCCACUGGGGAGUAUAUGGAUGCCCUGGCUGUGCUCCCCUUCUGUGAGAGAAGGCAGCAGCCUCCAGACCAGCCACAGGCUGAGGUGUUUAGGACUCCCUGUGAAGCCCUGGAGCCAUCAGGCAGGGACAUGCCACCUGCAUUCCUCAAGGCAUUGAGCAGGAGGAGACUGUAUGAGGGCAGCACGCUGAGGUUGGUGGCCGAGGUGGUGGGUGUGCCCAAGCCAGGGGUGAAGUGGUAUCAUAAUAAAUCUCUGUUGGAGACGCAUGAGAGAGUGCGGAUAGAGAAGGAUGGGAACAAAUGUGUGCUUGAGAUCACUAACAUCCAGAAAGCUGAUGGUGGGCAGUACCUGUGCCAUGCAGUGAACAUUGUCGGGGAAGCUAGAAGUAUUGCGCAUGUGGAAGUCUUGUCUGAAGAUGGGCGGUCACUAGCACUGCCACCCCCUGUCACCCACCAGCAUGUUAUACACUUUGACAUGGAGCAAAAUACAUCGUCAAGGUCACCUUCACCACAGGAAAUUCUCCUGGAAGUGGAGCUGGAUGAAAAUGAGGUGAAAGAGUUUGAGAAGCAGGUCAAAAUCAUAACCAGUCCUGAGUUUAGCCCAGAUAAGAAGAGCAUGGUGGUUUCCCUGGAUGUCCUUCCACUUGCCUUGUUGGAGCAAGCUGCAGGUUUGGCUGCAGAGGAGAACGAGGAUGUAAAAAUUGAUUUUCAAGUAACUGAAAUGCCUCCCCGCUUUGCCGUGCCCUUUGCAGAUGUUGAGGUGACAGAAGGCUUGGAAGCAGUGUUUGAGUGUGUGGUAACAGGUACUCCUGUCCCAGUAGUGCAGUGGUUUAGAGGUGACACCUGUGUGACACCUGCCACAGGGAAGUAUCUUGUGAGUCAGAAGGAGGGACUUCACAUUCUGAAGGUCCAAAACGUAGGUCCUUCUGAUGGUGGCUGGUAUCACUGUCGGGCAACAAAUAGGCUGGGAGAAGCAAUGUGCAAAGGCUCCCUUGUAGUCGUGGCUCAGAAGGGAGCAAGUGCCAAGGUGAGCGAUGAGAGAGUCACAGGCAGUGAACCACACAGGCCCCAGAAGAGUGACUUGAUUUUGAGUGAGACUGUGAAGCCGGGUGACCAGUCAGAAAUAGAGCUGGAGUUUGAGUUCGAGCCACACAAAGAUGACUCAGAGAAAGCAAUCCGACUGCUUGCAGUGACUCAGCAAGAGCAGGAAGUGGAAGGAGAGAAGUGUGUCAACAUUAGUUUUGAUGUGUUUGCGGAGCCGUCCCAAGAGGAACGGGUUGAAUUUAGUGCAGAGGACUCGGAGAGCUGCAGCUUUGAGUUUCAGGUUACAGAAUCCCCUCCCAAAUUUCUCAGGCUCAUUUCUGACUACAGUACAUUUGUAGGUGCCUCAGCAUGCUUCCAGUGUCUUGUGACUGGUUCCCCCCACCCAAGUAUCCACUGGUACAAGGAUGGGGUGUUGUUGGAAGGGGACAGGUACUGUGUGCAGGAAGAGCAGGGGGGCUCUCUUAGCCUUACUAUUGAAAACUUGAUGCAAAGUGACAGUGGGCAGUACAAAUGUAUAGCUACUAACAGGGCAGGAACUGCUGAGACUUGUGCCGUGUUAACAUUAUACUAAAUAUUCAUAAUUUAUUUCAGAGUCUCUGUUGAAACAGUAAAUGUGGUUAUGCUAUUGUUCACCACAGGUAAAAAUGCAGCAUGCAUUUUAGGGGCAUUUUUUUUCAUCUCUUUAGGGAUGAAAACCACUCUAUGUGGGCAUAUUUCUGUCUCACUUAAACUUGCUUUCAUUGGGGAAUUUAAGUGAGAUUUAAUCUGUGCACAGGUCUUGUGCACACUUUCUGCACCAAGGUAUAUUUCAGUCUCCUUCCAAGCUCCUUACUCAUUCUUGUAAAGGUAUUAUAAUUGACACUCAUUUAUGUAGGACUAAUUUUUUCGUAGUGUACAUGUUCCCAUGUGUCUGUAACAGUGCAAUUAUUAUUGUUUUAUGUAGGCUAGAAAUAAUCUGAAAAUGUAGAAACCAGCUUUUUCUUGUUGCCUAAACGUAUGGAGUACUAACUUACACUUGCUGUUUAGUUUGGAUAUAGUUCUGUGAAAGAACUCCUUAAAUUCUUAUUCUCCCUUCUCACAAUGUUGUGUCAGAACAUGUGAGCCUCACCGAUUCAAAUCCUGUUUACAGUUUCUAUCACUGCAAAAUUCUUACUUCCAUGGGCCUUAUUCUGUUGAUUCAUGGAAUUAAAUGACUUUUUUUUAAAGUCAUUGGAACUAUGCUGUUGCAAAGAAAAGAAAUAUAAUGGGAAAAAAAUGAAAGUUUUUCAUUAGUAGAGACUGGACAGGAUUUUUUUCUCUAUUACCAAGUAAUAAACAUGAAAGCAUAUUUUGUACUGUAUCUUUAAAUGUUAAAGAGAAAGGAGAGGGAGCAUAAUAAAUCAAUGAUGUAACUGUAAAUUCAUUAAAAUAAUCUUGGUUGUCCCUGUAUUCCAGUGUCAUUCAUAAAAAAUACAUAGGAGUGAAAAAGCACAA